AGCUGGCGUAUUGUCAAAAUGGCGGAACGUUCAAGUUGAAAAAAUACCUGAUUCCUUUCUUCCAUUUGCAUCAGUGACAAUUGACAAAUGGCUGCCACAAGUCACAGGAAUGGUUCUGUUCCAUAUAUUCAGAACCAACUGCAGUUCAAUUUAGAUGUUCCACCAACACUGUCUCACCUGGCGGUGAGAUACAGAAAACCAGAGGCCAUUGUUGUGGAAAAACUGGGUGGAAAGUCUGAAAAGAGGAGACCAAAUUUUGUCGAGCAUGCAGUCCCAUCGUUCCAGUUCAGUGCGGUCUCCGAGGACAAAUUAUCAAUGGCCAUACAGCUUGCUCGUCGGGAUCUGAGAAAGAAGAGGAUAGAUGAUGAGGAGCAGCAGAUUGAAGAAGAAGCGAGGGAAUUGGAAAAAUCUAAAAAGAAAACUCCUCGGGGUAAAGGUUCAAAAGUAAAGUCAAAACCAAAGGAUGUCAAGAGCCGUUUUAGAGAAGUUGAAAGGAAUCAGAACCCGAAAGCUAAAGAAGUUCAAACUGACAGUCAUCGAAGAGACAAGAAACCCAAGCAAAAGAAGCCAGUCUUUCUUCCAUCUGGUGGCGUGAUCCUGAAGGCAACAGACUUGCUACUGCCAGAUCGCUCCGAUUCUCCUCCUACUCGUGACACCGAUGAUUACCUGACCCCAGCCCCAAUGUCUCAAGAUGAAAGGAAUGCCAAAGAGAUUAAGCGCCUCCGCCAAGAGCUUGGCAACUAUGUCAAGCAGAUUAAGCACAUGGAACAGAGUGCUAGAACUGGUUCCCCGUCAGUUGAAAUCCAGAAAGAGUUUGAGCAACCUGAGGAGAAAAAGAAAAGAAAGGUCCGCAAUGAAGAGAGGGCUACACGAUCUGCUCGCAUGCUGUAUGUCCUGCAGCAACAGGUUAGAGAAAUACAGGAAGAACUAUCCAAGCUUGAACCAGGAAAAUCAGGGGGUGUAAAGAAAACACAAACAAUCAACCGCCUAGCUGCAGCCCAUCGUGGAGCAGUUCGUGCCUUGCAGACUUUCAUCAAUCACCUGCCAGAGAGUGACAUACGCCAGGGUCUGCCACGCAUCUACCAUGAACUAACCCUGCUCAUUCGACAGCUAUCUGAGUGCUGCUCCCAGCUUCAGAUUGGUGGUGAAACAGGUGUACCAGAUAUUGUCAACUUAAUCAGCAAGGGGUACUAUGAUGACUGGCAGAGGCAACCAAAAAGUUCGCCGAGAACCAAGAAAGCCCACGAUGAUCUCGACCUUGUGUCUAAUUUGUGUGACAGGAAAAGAAAAACCUCAAGCAGAGAUAAACCUAGGAGUCGAGGCUUCACAGUACCUCAGCGAUCUAGAAGGGCUCAAAAUCCUGCCAAGAAUUCUCAGGAAGAAGCUGUUGAAAGGCUUUGCAAAGAACUACGCAAUCAUGAAAAAAAGGCAACGCCGAAUCGAGAAUCUACUCUAAAAGCUGGGAUAGAUGCACUCCUGAGAGCUGCUGGCAGUCCUGGCAAGCCAGUCUCUCCCAGACAGAGAGAGGUCGUGGUGCAGAGGAAAGUUCCACCACUGCCACUCCACCCCCCUAAAAGUGUGCUCAUACCAUCACGCAUACAAAAGGAGAGAUCGGGAGGCCUACAGAUGACAGUUGGUGAACCACACUAUUCGGAACCAACCUUUGCCUCUCAGCUGAAGAAUGUUGACCAGGACGAGAAGACAGCUCGAAAUGACUCACCAAGGCGGUCACCUUCUCCAGUCUGUCCAAGGUCGCCGCACUCAGCGAGGAAGAAACUUGCACCAAGAUCACCUGCUGUCUCUGCUAGACGGUACACACCAAGAGCUGAUUUACUUGGAAAACUGAAUCUUGGCGUUCCCAAUGAAUGGGUUCGAGAAGCUGAGAGGGCUAUUCAUGCCAAACUCAAGCCUCUGCUGGACAGGGCUGAUGAGAUUUCUGCAGCUGUAUCCGACCUUGAAAAAGCCAAGUUGUCGCUUAGGCAGAAACUGUCAGAAAAGACAACUGAGAAAGUGGAGAUGAAUGCUGAUGUUCUGGCUGACAUGAUUCUAAAUGAUCUGUUGCAUGACACAGCUGUUGAGAUGACGAAACUGGAGAGUGAGAGAGAAGCUGAGGUGGGGGCUAUGGCGAUGCAAGAUGGGGUUCCCCUGGAGGUCAUGUGGCAAAGGAUGGCAGACAUGGAGAAAGAACAGAAUGAGAUCAGAAGAAGAUGGAACUCCGUGACCUAUGCAGACACUGGAGCAGACAACCUCAGGCCACAAAUGGAUGCCGGCUGCAGCGAGACGCCAGGCACUCCACCUCCCAUUCACCUAACACGAGGGGACGAAGAUGAUAGCAGUGAGAGAGAGUACCAGGAUCAAGCCCGACCCCAAGCACAGUUUGAUCCGAGUGGUCCAAUAGUUUUCACAAAAGAUCGAAAACAGAGGCAUGUAAAAGAUGAGAACCUACGAUUUGGCCGUCCCUUGGGUGGCCUUGAAAGUGAAGGCAGUCCGAGGCGGCAGCCAUUAGAAACACCAAAGAUUCCGCUGUAUAUUCACCAAGAAGACUUAGAUAGAAUCCAUGAUAACCGUAAGACGUUUGAGAGCUACCUGAGGAGAACUGCACAAGAUGCUGUCGGAACAUUUAACCCUGCAGCACUGGUGGAGAGGAUUGCUGACAGUAUCAUGGAUGAUUGUUUUGACGACAUUACCGAUGAAAUCAUGGAGACAAAUUCCGAUAUUGUGAGACAUGAAUUCAAGACGGAGAUGGAGCCGACGUUGAUUCCGACAAGUAGGGAUAAGAUGGUGGAUGCUGGUCUGACGCAGCAGGAUGAUGAUCGGGCAGAGGAGGUGUCUGAGGAGGAGUAUGAGACAGAGGAGGAGGAAGAGGAGGAAGAAAGUGGGGAAGAAUAUUAGUAAAAUUAGUAAAAUCUAGAGUAAUACUCACAGCUCUCGUUACUGCAGCAGGUGCUUCUUCAAAUGUGACUGAAUUAUGCAGUCAGAUUGUACAAGGAUGCACCUUGAUUUUAGUUAUUUAGUAUUUCACGCAUCAGCUAAAGAUUGCUCAAAUGAUGUUAGGACUGACUGAAUUGGUGCAUUUCGACCCCUAGUGUGCCUGGGUUGUAUGCAGGGAUGAUUUGCUUCAAAACAGUAGAACCUCUCUAUUAUGGACACCCUCGGGACUGACAAGUGCUGUCCUUAAUAGAGAGGUGUCCUGAUUAGAGAGGUCAAAUUGAAUGCAAACAACCAAUUUGGGACCAAACAUAGUGUCCUUUAUAGAGAGGUUGUCCUUAAUAGAGAGGUGUCCGCUAAGGGAGGUUCCACUGUAUUAUCAUGUUACUGAGACAGGAUACAGAUACACUCUGAAGAUUGUGCAACGAAAAUCUAUGUACAUGUAGUAGACAAAUUCUAUCAGUUGAUUAGUUUUUAAUAAUCUUGUAUAAUUUUGAUAUAGUUUAUCAGAAUGUAAAUAUGUGAAUCGGUCUAGGAGAAGGGUUGCAGGACAGCCUCAGAUAUUCAUAUCGUUCGAUCAUAUUUUGAAGUUAACCUGUGUGAUUACCAGAAAUUAUAUGAACAUCAUCAAUAAUGGAUUAACACAUUAUUGACAUCAUGGAUGUAGGAAUCAUUAAGAUAGUGUUAGGCCUGCCAUGGGCACAGUACCUCAUUUCUUGAUGCUGUCCAAGUCAAGAUAAAACUUUUGUACUCAUUCUAUUUCUGAAAUAAACGAUAUUAUCAUGAUAAA